UCACAUGAUCAAAAUUUCCCGCCAAGAUUUCACAUGGUGUUGUUUAGCUCAAGAGCAGCGAUUUAUAUAAUCGGUAUAUUUUGGCACAAAGAUCAUGUGGAUCCAAGUUAGAACAAUCGAUGGUAAAAAGACUGUUCGCGUCGACAGUUUGUCGAAGCUGACUAAGAUAGAGGAGUUACGAAAACGGUUGGUAACACUCUUCGAUGCCCAGCCUUCUGAGCAACGGCUUUUCUAUCGUGGGAAACAGUUGGAGGAUGGACAUACACUAUUCGACUAUGAUGUUGGGCUGAAUGACCUUAUUCAGUUGAUGAUCAGGAUAAAAGCUUCAGAACCAAUAUGUGCUUCAACAUCAGCAGCCAGCCCAAGUACUGGAGAAUCUAGUGAUGAGAGUAACAGUUCUGACAAAGAGAACAAAGAGCCAGCCAGAGAUCUUGAGGCAAAGCAACUAUCCAGCAGUCCAUCCUGGUAUGAAUCCACAGAGGAUCAGGGAAGCCUGUACAAGGUUGGGGACAUUAUUGAUGCCCGAGAUGUUACCAUGGGAGCAUGGUUUGAAGCAGAGAUUUUGGAAGUGGUCAAAGAAGAAAGUGAAACAUCGAACAGUCAAAACCAGACUGAUGGCUUUAUCUACAAGAUACAGUUUGAAACUAGGUAUGAAGAUGAUGUUGUGGAAAUGAAAAGUAAAGACAUACGACCACGUGCACGCCACAUUCUGAAAUUUGAAGAUGUGAAAGAAGGCCAGUUGAUUAUGGCUAAUUACAAUUAUGAUGACCCAAAUGUGCGUGGUUUCUGGUAUGACUGUCUCAUCAGCAGAAAACGAAACACCAGAACAACAAAGGAACUUUAUGCUACUCUCUACAUUGGAUCUGACUUAAUGCCUUUAGAAAAUUGCCGACUGCUCUUUAUCAGCGAGCUGUUUGAUAUUGAAAAGCCUGGCACACAACUCACAAAGAAAGACCUUAUGCUCGACCCUAGUGCUUCGCCAGCCAAACGUCAGAAUAAACCAGAAUGUGAUCAUUGUCAGGACAAUCCACGGAGGAAAUGCAAGCACUGUGCAUGUUGUGUAUGUGGUGGGAAGAAUGAACCUGAAAAGCAGGUUAUGUGCGAUGAAUGUGAUCAAGCUUAUCACUUGGAGUGUCUUAAUCCCCCUCUGACUGCUGUUCCACAAGAAGAUGAAUGGUAUUGUCCAGAAUGCAAAAAUGAUGAAAAUGAAGUUGUGAAGGCUGGUGAGAAAUUAAAGGAGAGCAAGAAAAAAGCCAAAAUGGCUUCUUCCAAAAACAACACCAGCCGAGACUGGGGCAAGGGCAUGGCAUGUGUAGGAAGGACAAAGGAAUGCACAAUAGUGCCUUCAAAUCAUUAUGGUCCUGUUCCUGGUGUAGAAGUGGGCACCAUGUGGAAAUUCAGAGUCCAGGUGAGUGAAGCUGGUGUGCACAGACCCCAUGUCGCAGGCAUCCAUGGACGAGAGGAUGAUGGUGCAUUUUCUAUUGUUUUAUCUGGUGGUUAUGAAGAUGAUGCUGAUAAUGGGGAUGAGUUCUAUUACACGGGAAGUGGAGGAAGAGAUCUGUCCGGCAACAAACGCACUGCUGAACAGUCAUGUGACCAAAAGCUGACCAGAAUGAACAGAGCUCUUGCCAAAAACUGCAAUGCACCGAUCAAUGAUAAAACUGGGGCAGAGGCAAAAGACUGGAAGGGUGGUAAGCCAGUGCGAGUUGUGCGGAAUUGUAAGGGGCGCAAACACUCUAAGUAUGCUCCUGAAGAAGGCAACAGAUAUGACGGCAUUUACAAGAUUGUGAAAUAUUGGGCAGAAAAGGGCAAGUCUGGAUUCCUGGUGUGGCGAUACCUUCUGCGCCGUGACGACCCUGCACCAGCACCAUGGACCAAGGAGGGUCAGAAGCGUGCAAAGGAGCUGGGCCUGGCCAUGCAGUAUCCAGAUGGUUAUUUGGAGAGUCAAGCUGCUAAAGAGAAGGAGGCUGUAGGAGAAGCAGAAGAGAUAAAGAAUGAGGACAGUGCUCCAAAGACCAAAGGCCGAAAAAGAAAGGCGAAGGCAUCUCCUAAUAAAAAAGAAAAUGUAAAGAAGUCUAAAACACAGCCAUUUGAGGUGAAUGCCGACAUUAUGACACUCAUAAAAGCUGACAGUGUCAAUGAGAAGCUUUGGGGAAGUGUUCUUGAUAAAGUUGCUGAAGGCAAGCAGAAGUUUUUGCAGCGGUUGGAGGAGAUCUUCAGUUGUAUCUGUUGCCAAGAGAUCCUGUACAAACCAGUGACACUUCAGUGCACACAUAACUUUUGUAAGUCAUGCAUCUCACGGUCUUUCAAGGCAGAAGUCUACUCUUGUCCAGCUUGUCGUUCUGACUUGCCAAAAGAUAUGGCCAUGCCUAUCAACCAGAACCUUGCCAAAGUCCUGGCACAUUUCUAUCCUGGCUACGAGGCAGGAAGAGUAUGAGUGCCACCUGCACUAGCUGUCUGAAGUUAAACUUGUGAUUUAAGAAAAAGUACUUUGGAAAGGGUUUCUUGCCCAUUAUAAUUCUGUGAUUGCUCUAGAUGAAGACAUAGUGGGCCACUGUUGCUCACUAUUGUAUGGUACAACAAGGUACAAAAGAGUUUCAUUAUUCUGUAUAAUUCUGACAAAGAAAAUCUGCUAGAAGAGAAUGGAAAAAAUUUUGAAACUGAAAUCCAGGCAGCUAAACAUCAAUGAAUGCUUUAAGCAUUUUAAAUGUAUGCAUGAUCAUAAUGACAAAAGUAAAUUUGUCCUAUUUUUUUUUUUAAUGUAAGCAUGGUGAAAUGGAGAUGCUCAUAUUUGACCCUUCAUCAAAACAUUUUCAAUAUCCAGGAAUGGGAUGAAUGUGGUGAUACUGUGAAGCAUAUGGUUUUUUGAAAACAUGGCAGCAAAUAUCCCCUCCUCCACACACAUACACCUCUUUUUAAGGAGUUUUUUGUUUUUGUUUUUGAGCUGUUUUAAUGUUUCUUAAAACACCUAGUGCCUAUGAAUUGAGGCGAAAAGCUGGAUUAGCUGCUUCUUAUAACCUAAAGAUUGCUUAAGCUGUAGCUAGGCUUUGUUUCAUUGGAUAACAUUUUAGUGCAGUGAUGCAGUCUCCAAUGUUUUCGUUGCUUACAAAAGGUAUUUUCAUAACAAAAAAGGUUGCAACAGCUUCAAAGGGAGACUACCAAUGAAUUUCAAGGUAUUGGGAAAGCAAAUGUGUAAGGCUUUUGUCCCUUUUUAAGUUUAUUAAAUUAAGUGUAGUUUAAAAAAAAAAAACUUGCAGUUAAAAGGGAAGCUAAUUUUGUUUCUGUAGUUUAUUCCUCACCAGUUCUUCUAGGUCUCGAAUUUUUCAGUUGUGCUUACAUACAGAGUAUUUCUUGCAUUCUGUAAAGAAUUGGGGAAAAUAAUUUUUCUCUUCAACACUUCUUGCUUUAAAUUACUUUUGAAAGGAACGGUUUAAUGCUAGAUCUCUCACAUCUUUACAGUCUUAUGCUGUUCAAAGUAUUUUCACAACAUUAAAGCUUCUGACAGGAAGUAGUAGUACUUGUUUCUUGGAAAGGAAUACAAGACUAGUUUUUAAACAAUAUUUUUGGCUCUUUUGUGUUAGUAUUCUAGAUGUCCAUCUCAAGUAAUGUUGAAUGCAGUUUUGACCACAUGAAAAUCCAAUAAUUUCAGGGUGUAUUGUUUUGUCUAUAUUUAAAUGUAGGAUUUUCUGUUCAUGGGUUUGAUCAUGGGCAUAAUUAUAUUUCAUGGAACCUUUUGAAAUUCUGUUGACAAUUAAUAGUUCUCCCAUGAAAAGAGUGCUAUCAUCAUAAUUUAAUCUUUACUGUUCCAUGCAAAAAAUAGGCAGACUUUGUUAAAUAUGGCAGCACCCAAGUGGUCAUCUGCUGAAGAUGUUAAAAUCGUACUGGUACCCUUGUUUCUACACUUAUUUUAAUCUCUUUAAAGGGUUAGUGGGGUUCACAAUGUUUUAAUCGAUUGGGUAAAGCUCGGUGCAAGAUGUCUAUUUCCUCAAAUCUGGGUGGCUAGACCCUUCUGUUCUUAAGAUAUGUCUGCAGAAAGAACUGCGCCAUGAGCAACAGAUGCCAGUAGUGUAUGUGAAUACCCAUACCUUGUCAAGGUCACAGCUAAUAAGAGCUGAGACUUUGUGUUAAUUGAUGUACACAUUUUGUAGGCAUCAAUAAUGUAAAGGGUAUCUUGCAGCAAGUUUUACCCAGUCAUGAGAAAAAGUGGCACCUCACCAGUCCUUUCAAUCCUGAACUUUCAGAAUAUAAUACUUGUAUUUUAGAUUCAUGUCGUUUUCAAGUUUGAAAAUUAUCAUUGUUACUUUGUAUAUAACAAAUAAUGUGCACCCCCACUAGUCCUAUAAAUCCGAAAAUUAUAGUUUAUAGUACUUUAUGCUAUUCAAGAUGCAUGUCAUUGUCUGCAUUUUAGAGGAUUGUAUAUAUGAAGUUUUAUUCUGUGAUAUGAUUUUAUUACACUGGUUUUUAUGUUGCCCUUGUACAUAAAGUGUAGCACAAAUCCAUAUCUUUGUUCAAGUGCAAACUGGUAACUGUUCAAAAACAUAUUAGAGAUGACAACUUAUAUUUUGAUUGCUUGAUUACAUUGACGAGUUUCAGCUCUGUUAACUGGCAGCACGCUUGCCAGUGUACCUCACUAAUGAAUACCUCGGAUUAGUUGCUUUGUAAUUUCUGUUGUCCAUUAAGAAGAUUUUAUGUCAUUCUUUCCUUUUAAAAGAGGGGUUUUAUUUGAAGGCAUUGUGGGCAUGACACUUUGGUUUUGCUUCUUUAAAACUUGAAAUCAUAAAAAAGUUUUUGUUCAGGUAAAAUCAACGAAUUUAAAAAAUAAACAAAAAGUGAUAAUCUCAUAGCUUGGCGCUCUUUGUUGUCAGCAAAUGAAGUCAGGGGUGAAGGACAAUGGGCAUAUAAGCUUGGGAAUAAUAAAAUUAAAAACUGUUGAAUGCAUUUCCCUCACUUUUAAGAAAUAUCUAUUUUCCAUCUUACCCUGAAUGUAGUCAAAGUCAUCUAUGCAAGAGGAUCAGUAUUCAGUCUUGGGGCAUUGAUGGACUUGAAUUGUUCCUCUUUUGAAGAAAUUUGUUCAGUUGUUCGAUCGGGAUGUAGUCGAUCAAAUGAACGAGGUCAGGAUCUCUCCGACAUUUUAUUUCCUCCAGAUUAAAACAUUACACCAUUGAAUAUAUGUUGCUCGUGAAAGACACGGGCAUUUUCAGGAGUUGCAUGUUUUCUUUCGUAUGUAAACUCAUUGCAUCUUGUUUGAAAUGUUUUAAGUAGCAACUGCUGAUUUUUUUUUUUUUUUCUCUGUUUGAGUUUAUGAAACAGCUUUUGCAUUGAAGCUGAUGCUAUUUAGUUGUUCAAUUGUUUGUUGUGUUUUUUUUUUUUUGUUUUUUUUUUUUUUUUUUGUAGAUUUUUUGAAACUUUAAUCUUUGCCAGUUUUAGUGCAGCUUAAGAGGUUUGAAGCUGCCUUGGCUACCCGUUGCAUGCUUAUUGUUGAUGUCGUCAGAAAGCUUAGAUUUAUGGUAUUGACCUUUAUCUGGUUGUACCGUGACGGAAGAAACAUUGUGAAAGUAUUGGCAGUUGACCAAAUCGAUGAUGGAAAGAAGACACGCGAGAUCACAAACACGAUAAGCAGUUCAGACAGAAGUGUCCUGACGCUCGCGAACAAGCUCACUCAGGAUUUCCUUGUGAUCACGAGGCCAAACAUGAAAACAGUUUUACUUCUGCCCGCACCCCAACCUCCCCUUAAAGGCUAUUUUUUUCCUCUUAUAUUUGGGUCUGCGCUUUUGUCUGUUAUCGUUUUGUUUCAUUCUUAUUUUUCUACAGGACACGUGAAACGAAUUAAAGCUUUAUAUCUAA